GACCAAAUUUGCAAGGUUUUCAGACUCUGGGAAUGCAUUCUCUGAUGAAGAACCUUUUACGUAAAACUAGACAUUAACUGACUUUGGGUGCUUCCUUGGUAUUGGUAACUGAAUGGCGUCGUUUUAACUUAAAAAACUCUAUCUGCAACAUGUGAAAGAUUAACGUAAGGAAGCAAAACAUGUAUGAGUGCCAUAUCAAUGCUAUUAAUAGAUAACUUGGUCUUGCAAUCCUGCUUUAUCUAGAGAUCGAUUGCUAAUGCAAACUGGGUAUUUAGCAUGUUUGCAAGAUUAGCUGAUGUUGAGAGUUCUUUGCAUUUCAGAUUGUAUAUUACAGUAUGCUGAAAUCAAUGCUUACUGAAAACAAACAUUACAAGAGUUCUAGGUUCAUUAGGUGGCAUUGAACAAGAUAGGAUGAUCUUAAGUCAAAAGUCUUUAUAUUGUAUCCAUCACAUACUGAUAGGAUGAUGUUGCUAAGUUGGGUAAUGAAAUACCUGCAAGAAAGUUCAGAGCACCAAAGGAGGACCCCAUAUUCUCAAUUCCCCAAGAAUGCCCAGGAAAGAUUUUAGUAAUGGAGGUGAAAAUGAUAGAAUUCAUAAAUUGUCAAUGUAAGCAACUUAAGAGUACUGUAAAGCAGUUUUUAAGUUUUAGUGCUAUUGCUAUCUGUGUUUUGGGAUAAAUUAAAUUAAUAGUAAUAUUAUAGGUAGUAAUGCUACAUUUUUUAGUUUUGUAUCUUUAUGAAUCCAGGUUUAAUCAGAUAUGAAAUAUGUAAAGAUAAAACUGAAUUUUAUUCCUUUUCAUAUUUUUAUACAUUUGGUUAACCAUAUUUUUGAGAGCCUAAUACAUAAAACAUUUUGUUCAAUGUGUUUCAGAAUCACUUUCUUACGACGAGUGUUAAAUUCUUAAAAUGUCUGUCAGUAGUAUGAUAACUUAUCUAAUGAAUAAAGUACCUGGAAAGAAACGAUUUGGCAUAUACAGAUUUCUUCCUUUCUACUUCAUUCUUGGUGGUGCUAUGGAAUGGUUCAUGAUUAAUGUUCCAGUCGGCAAUCAGACCUUUUUGACCAGUGUUGACAGUGAUAUAGGGAGGAUGCUGUUCAGUGAACAGAAGCCUAAGAUCUCCUGA